AUGGUCACAAUCAACCUUGCCUACACGGCCCCCAUCAACCCCGCGGGUGCAUCGCCUGUCCUCACCGAGAGCCAAGUGUGGACUGGCCUCAAGCGCAAGGUGCGUCGCGCCUACGAAUUCGUCCCCGUCAUCGUCGCCUGCGAGGUCAUCAGCGAAGAAGGCAACACGGUCGUGCGCAAGGCAACUUUUUCCACCGAAGGCAACCCCAAGGAGACAAGCGAGCCUGUGCGCGAGGUCUGCGUGCACUUCCCGCCGUCCCGGGUCGACUUCAAGCAGGACGAUGGCAGCACCAUCUCCAACAUUGUGAGCAGGGGACCCGAGGGUGAGCUGCUCAUGACGUAUGCGUUCGAGUGGAGGCACGACCAUAUCCAGGAGGGCAGCGACGAGGCGACGGCGACCAGGGAGAAGUACUUCAAGAUGGCGAAGAUGGCCGUGGAGGGGUCUAUCAACACCAUCCGCAAGUUCGUCCAGGAGGGCGAGAUUUCGUAG